AUGAAUAAAGGAGCAAAGUUAAUUGCAAUUCCUGGGUUAUUUGAUAUUUCUGUGAUCGUUCAAUUCGGAGGAGCGUCAGACAGUUCAUCAUGUGGUAACAAAGACAGUUUCACGGCAUCAAACAACGAAGAACUACGAGCAAAACUGGCGCAAAAGUUGGAAUCGGUAUUGUUGGGAAAUAAAGAUGAUUUUGUUACCAUUUCGUCCCAUUUUCGAUACAACAAUGAAUUGCACUCGACCGACCUUACUAAAUUAGACGUCACAACUGAUGACGUCACAGAUUUGUUGCCAACAUCACAUCCAUCGACAGCAGCAACAAGCGACGAAUCUACUUCCUCUUCAUCCAAUACUAAUAACGUUGCCGAAUACACCUUUGCAACUGAUGAUGACGUCACUGGUUCGUUAGCAACCGAUAACAUCAUGAAAACUAGUGAAGCAUCAAAAUACUUUAAGACCACAUCCGCAUCGCACUUAACAUUUGAGUCGACAACACCAAAGAAAUUCCAAACUACAGGUAUGAUAACUUCUAUCGUUACCGAGCACACUACUCCGGAAGUCGACAAGAUAUCCAGUACAGAUAUCGAAAGAUUCACGACACAUACUACCGGGAUUUCUCUAUUACCAGAAAAUUGCGAUGUAAUCUUUGAUCAAAAAUGCUUUCGAGUGAUCGUGUAUCCAACACAAAACAUUACAUUACCUAUUGCUAAGAGUAUCUGCAGUAACAUGGGCCGGAAUCUUGCAAAUGUUUACAACGAAGACCAUUACCGGAUGCUAAUGAGUUACAUGAGGGCAAAGAUUUAUCCGGAAAUAUCCUACUUUAGCGUUUGGACUGGAAUGACUUUCGAGAACGAUCGUAUUCAUCUGACAUCUGGUGAACCGAGCACUCUCCCAACAAGCGUAUGGUACCCAAACCUUCCAGUAAAUUUUAAAGGAAUAAACUACAUUGGGAUUGAUGUGAAUCGAAAUCCGAAUGCUCUAAAUCAAGGAUUGUUUAAUGCAUUACCGAACAACGAAUACCACGGAGCUCUGUGUGAAUUAAAAAUAGAAUAGAAAGAGUUAACCUGUUGACGCAAUAAAAACUGACUAUUUGAUAAGCUGCAAAAUACUUUUGUCCUGCUAAGUUGCCGUCCAAAACAUUUUACAUUUGUUCGAGAAUUCGCAACAUGAAUGAAUGUUGAACCACAACUUGUCAUUAAAAACUUACUAUUU